GACUGCAUAGAUCGCACGGACUGCUGUGCUAUUUAGACAGAUAUCUGCGUCAAUCCUUAAGUGUUUAUUUAGCGCUAUAGAUACGGUCGGGCGGUUUGAAGCUCGCCGGCGUUGUCUAUAGAAUCGAUCAACAGUUGUCUGGUGGGCAUCAGUCGUCGACUACGGUGCCGGUACACGUCUAUCGAACAAGCGAUGAAAGAACUGGCGGGCGUCGAUCAGGCCGUGAAAAGAUUGCUGGCUAGGAUCGUGGACGAAAGUCUAAAGGAGAAGGCCGAAAACCUCAUCAGACAACUGGUGAGUGAAUUGAUAAAGACGCCGGGCGCCCUCGACGAGUUGGAGAGAGCGAUCGAAAAUCCGGAGACGCCGUCUCCCCGUUGCAUUACUGUGCCAAAGAAAAUGAGCAACAUCACUUCGAAGAACCGCAAACCUAAUGAUAUUUGGCUCAUGGCUCAUUUUUGCUGUGCUAUAUGGCGAUGGCCCGGUAUUAAAUGGUUCGAUCUCCAUUCUCUGGAAGUUUGCGAAUACCCGGCCACGGCACCAUUCCACGGUCUAUCUAAAACAAACACAGAGCCCGUUUGCAUCAACCCGUCUCAUUUCAAAUUUAAGGAUGUCGUCGAAGAAAUGGUGCAGAUGUGCACAGAAGCUUUUGAUGAUAUUUUACUCAGUAUACCAGAACGCAUGAGACGGGGCCCUCCCAACUGAGGCCUUACUACGUCACCACAACGGGAUAUCGUCCAUA